GCGCAAAGAUCAGUGCCACAGUGCAUCGUACGUUCGGCAGAACUUCUCCUUUCGAGAACCAAAAAGAAUAUCGUCACUCAUUAAUGAGUAAAAAAUCGAUGAAAAUUAAAUAAAAAAAAUUCCAAAUAAUUUCUGUGCAUAAAUUUUCACCAAUUAAUCGAACAAAUUGAUUAAACUUUUUGAAAAAUGUGCGUACGUACGUUGAUACCGAACGAGGUGACAACAGAGGCUGUCAUGCCACCUCCUAUCAGCAAAUUCAGCAAAGCGAAGGAGAAAUACAUGAAAGUGCACGAUCAACUAGUCCAGAAAGAGAACGAAAUAUCCGAAGUCCCUGAACACAUAUCAAACACCGACGACACAAAUUCACCAAAAUUAACACCUGACAUUCUCGCACGAAGUACAACGAUUUACGUCAAAUGUUUGGAGAUCGUAACGAGACGUUGGGACACGUGGAAAGAGUCAAAUGUGUGCAAGAUCAUCUUCCAGACAACUCAGCCUGCUCAUGUGAUAAUGGUAGCUGCAGUUUUGUGCGUGGUAUCAGCACUUUUGCCAAAUUCUGAUAGAAUCAGCAGCCGAGGACAGCCACGAGUGAAAAUCAUGUCUUUAAUCUACUUGACGUCUUUCGCUUUGCAUUUCGGAGCGCAAAUCUGGAUGACCUUCGUCUCUGGUCUCUCCCUGUACUUCGCUCUGCCCCGUCACAGCUUUGGUGAAGUCCAACGUGUCCUCUUCCCUCGAUACUUCACGAUAAACGCCUGCCUCAGCUUCACGACCCUCUUAAUAUUCGCCAAGCACCACUCGGGGCGAAUAUGGGAGUCGGAAAUAACUGUCCAACUGGCGGCCAUGACCAUCGCCUUCUUCAUCGAGCUCCUGGUCCGCCUCUACCUCACCCCACCCCUCAUGAAUCUGAUGUCACAGAAGACGCUGAUCGAACGGGCUGCAGGGGUUGGUAAUGAGGUGGGGAAACACAAUCCAGGAACUCUCAAGCACUGUCCUCACUACUUGAAGAUCCACGGGGCCUUCCGUAAGGCCCACAUGUGCAUCGCCAUGGGGAAUAUCAUGACAAUGGCCUGCACCGCUCUACAUCUUCACUACAUCUCCAGUAAAUUAUGUAUUUUAUAGAUAAAUCGAGGGAGGAUUAUUCGGUUCGAUUGUCUAGGGACGUUGGGGCAUUACAAUCGAUUUUAAUUGAUGAAAAAAAUUAAUAAAAUGGUGCGUGUGAGCUGAGGGUGAUGGCGAUGGUCCCUGCGAUGGGAACUUUCCUAUGAAAUAGUGAGAAACAAAAAUAUAAUUCUGGUAAUCAAAACUGGGGGAUCGAUGGGAGAUCGAUCAGUUGAUUGGGUCGAUGGUUGGUCGAUCGCCGAUUGAUAAGUGGAUCGAUGGGUAGUGGAUUGUUGGUGGAUGGUCAGUCGAUUAACGAUUGAUAGUCGAUUGUUGGUGGAUUGUCAGUCGAUUAAUGGUCGAUAGUCGAUUUUUGAUCGAUUGUCAGUCGAUAGUCGAUUAUGGUCGAUUGUCAGUCGAUAGUCGAUUAGGGUCGAUUGUCAGUCGAUAAUCGAUUAUGAUCGAUUGUCAGUCGAUUAAUGGUCGAUAGUCGAUUUUUGAUCGACUAUCAGUCGAUUAAUAGUCGAUUGUUGGUUGAUGAUCAGUUGAUUAACGGUCGAUAGUCAGUCGAUUAACGAUCGAUAGUCGAUUAUGGUCGAUUGUCAAUCGAUAGUCGAUUAUGGUCGAUUGUCAGUCGAUAGUCGACUAUGGUCGAUUGUCAGUCGAUAGUCGAUUAUGGUCGAUUGUCAGUCGAUUAAUGGUCGAUAGACGAUUUUUGAUCGAUUGUCAGUCGAUAAUCGAUUAUGAUUGAUUGUCAGUCGAUUAUGGUCGAUUGUCAGGCCAUAGUCGAUUAUGGUCGAUUGUCAGUCGAUAAUCGAUUAUGGUCGAUUGUCAGUCGAUAAUCGAUUAUGAUCGAUAGUCAGUCGAUUAAUGGUCGAUAGUCGAUUACGGUCGAUUCUCAGUCAAUUACGGUCGAUUAUCAGUCGAUUAAUGGUUGAGUCAAUUGGUGGUCGAUUGAUCCCCGAUCAAAAAGGUUCAGAUGUUUUUUAUUUUUGGACACAAAAGCAUUUUACCCAUUUUACUCACCAGAAUCGAUUUUAGUUUGAAACUCAAUUCUGUCUCACAAAAGCUCUUCAAAUUAUUCUAAACUCUUACUCAUUUUUUUUUAAGGGAAGGUCAAUGCAAAAAAAAAUAUGCUUUCUUUUUUCAUGUAAUGCCCUAUCGCCCGGAACAAAAAUCCCCGAAUUAUUUGUAUCAUGUAAAUAGUUGAACGUCCAUCGGAGCUUGAUAAUUCGUUACAGGGCAAAUUAUUGGCGCAAUUCUUUGGAACGAUCCCCAGAGUUUUCUAUCAAAAAAUACCCGUUGAAAUGUCGUUAUGACUCUCAACGCAGAAACAGAUCUUCCGCCUGUCAUUGUCUUGUCGACGAGCCUCUUACAGGAUGAUCAAUAAUCUUGCAUCAUUUUAUUUCGAGUAAUCAGUAUUAUCUGCUGGAUACGAACGCUUAUCGGCGUUGGUGGACUCGUAAACUCUUGCAAUGAAACUGCACAUUGUUGUUAACACUCAUUGACAAGACCUUGAUACGGUUUUUUGUUAAAUUAUUAGGUUUCUAGAGUAAAAUUUCGAAGACUUGCUCUGCAUCAGAGUUGACAAUUGUUGAUGGUUAUUUAUAAUAUUGAAGGGGGAAGAUUCAUCGGAAUAGUCUUCCCCGCUAAGUUUCGAUGGAAGUUAGCCGAUAUUCUCGAUUAGUUCCAGAUAAUAAUUAUUGUAAUUUGAUGACUGCAUAUUAUUUAUAAUGCUCACCUGUCAUUGGUUUGUUGUAUAUAAAAUCAUCCGUCAUUUUGUGUUCAUUAAGAAAAUUAGGAACGAAGAGAAUUUCCAUGGGAGAUGUCCAAGUGACAGAAAAUUCCGUUGGAUUUUUAUUUUUGAUCAAUUCUCUUGAAAUUUCUGUCAAAAUCUGUUUUUUUAAACCGAAUCAUUCCCUCAGAUGUCUUCGAUUUCAAUUUUCUCAUCUCAAUUUAUUUCUGAAUGGAAUAAGUUGAAUGAAACAAUUGUUUGAAUUUUUUGUAAAAUAUUUUCUAUUCAAACUUCGAACAGAAUUGGUCAAAAACUAAUGGAAAAAGAUUAUAUUUAAUUUUGCGAGAGUUGAGGAACGAAAUUGCGACAUAUUUUUUUAUAAUGGAAAUUUCACAUGGAAAAUAGUCAGAAUUGACUGGUCUUGUAAUUGAGACUUUUUUAUGAUGAAUUCAAUUUUUAACAGACAAAUAAGUUAUAAAAAUGUUUCGCUUAAACUACAGAUUAUAAAAUUUAUUUAAAAGUAUUUUUUGUAUUUUCCUCGAGUAUUAAAAUGUUUUGGGAAGACGAACUUCACGAAAUUUAACGUUCACAAAAAAAUAUCAAUCCAUUACGGUUCACAAAUUAAUGAUCAAUUUUACAUGAUAACAUCAACGAGUGUUAAUUCUCACAAAAAAUAUUAGAAAAAAUGAAUUUGCUUCAAAAAUACAUCGCAAUUAUUGUCUUCAAUUAGAACUCUUGUGCUGAAUGCCUUUAAAAUGAAAAAUCAUUGUAAUAUUUUAUAAAUUUGUCAGUGAAUUUCCCGAAGAGUAAUAAAAAUUGUCUUCAUAAUCGUUUA